UCGCCGUCCAGACCAAUCACGCGACGAGCGGAGAAACGAAAUAACCGCCAUUCGCGAUGUAUAGUCCCCUCAACGUGACUGCGGCUACGCUCGAGCUCGAAGCUUGCCGGAGCCAGGAGCGUGUUGCGGAAAGAUAUGGUACAGUUAUCGGUCCCUACCAAGGUAGACGAAGAGGGGAAGAGCAUGGCCGAGAGAAUGCCAAUUCUCGCAACUUCUCUGGAGACGUGCUCCAAUAUUCCAGGUUCCAGACUCGAGGGACGAAAUUUCAAGAGUCCGCGUCUCUCAUUGGCUCACAUACCUGAGAAAAUGAUAAUUGCACGGUAUAAUUGCUACAGAAGAAAACGUGAAAAGAUGAUCGACAGCUGAUACUGGUAAGGAGGAAGAAAGAGAGCGGAGAAACAUCGAUCGGAGCGAGCCAAGAAGUCGCGAAGAAUAAGGGAAGCAGUUUGGUGCAACGCGAAAGGAGAAUGAGAAACCACCGACGGUGGAAACUGUUACGAUCGUGCUCCAUAUAAUGAUGUGGAAGCUAACGUUACGAAGAAUCGGCCACGUUGAUGAGUAAACUAUACGUGCGCGAAUAUCGAGAUGACGCCGGUGCAAUUUUAUCGCGGCCAGGGUGCUACAGUCGCCAGCUGUUUUUGACGUUCGACCGGCACUGGGCUCGGCGAGCCGAGUGGCGGCGAAGAUUACCGAAGCUUUCCGUCACGCGGCAGUUGAGUCUGAACUGAAGGCGGUCGCGCAUGGCAGUGUGUGGUGGAGCGCGGUUCACAACGGAUCGACAAUGAUAGUAACCGCAUCGCGGCAAUAGCACACCAACAACAAGAGGGAGGAGGUAGAGGAGAGCGAAAAGGACAGAGGCAGAUAGAAGCGAAGAUACACGAUCGUAAAAGUCUGCCGAGAUAGCUCGCGCCGCCUCGAAAAUAGAACAACGUAUCGCCGCAACGUAUCGUGAAUACAGCAACGUACGAAACGAACAUUGACAACGACACACGCGAACGGUACCGCUUGCGUGAAACAUGUACAUGGAAAUAAUUCGGGAUCGUGUAGAGUGGAAAGUUUAAGGAAAGUAGUGGUGCGUGCAGGUCGGUGGCGAUAGUAGUCUGCAGUAGCAGCGUUCACGACGACGGCGACGACGACGACGACGAUAUAGAUACGUGAUAGUGGUGGUGGUGUUGAUGGUGGAUAGUAAACGGUAAGAGUAGUAGUGACAGUGCGGAGGCGCUUCGAUGACCGUACUUCGGUGUUGGUUCGCGCAGUGGUAGAGGCAGAGAAGAGGAGAAGCGCUGUGUGUUGGCCCAGUGGUGGUGUGCGCGCGUGUUGGUUCGACACGCACUUGGUCGGCGGGGCCGCGUCUCGUCGCCGUCGUCGCCGUCUCGCUCCGUCCUGUUGUCGCGCGUCGUCAUCGGGCGGCGCGGUCGUCGUCUCGCUCAGCGGCGACUCCCGUUCCCGCACCCUCCGUCACCGUCGUCGCUGUCGCUCCUCUCUCAGUCGCUCUCGCCGGAGGCCACCGCACCGAAGGCGUCCGUGCGACGAGCCAGGCAAAGCCGCUACGCAAGAUGGCUGUGUGUCGCUGACGAGGGGCCGACAAACCGGACAGGGGUGGACAGACAGCCCGUGGAUAUAAGCGGAACAUGCGGCUACGCGAUCGUCGGGCCCGUCCCUGAAGAGAGAGACACUGGCCAAGAAGCGAGAGGACGUGAGAUAGAUUGAAGAACUACGGAUCCCUGAAAUAGUCCCAAAAUCGAUGGAUUGUUUCGAAACAUUUAAUAUAACCGAAUGAUAAGAACGGCGCAGCAACGAACGACAAGAGUUCUCAGCCACGGCAGCUGAGACUGGAGAAAAGAAAAGACCGUUCUCCCAAGACGGUUCAAUCGCUUUUUUGAAAAUCACUGACUUAAACUGACGUGGACAAGAAGAUGGCGCUAAAAUAUUCAUGAUCAUUGGCCUUACUUUUUGUGUUCUCUGCGAUAUUUUUUGUCGCUAUGGCAAUUUUGUACAUUGUUGGCGAGGGAAUGUAUGACAUGUUCAUCCAAACACAGCAGACGAGUAGCGUCAACGGCAGCAGCAGCAGCAGCAGCAGCAGCAGCAGCAGUAACAACACCGUUCACCACCACAGCAAGAAACGCAAGUUGGACUACAACGUGAGCCAGCCGGUAAUCCAGCACGCAUUGGUCCAAUCGACCAGCGACUACCAAUUGGACAAUACCGGUCUGCAACAACGAUACUCCGUGAACGGUGCUAAUACCGCAUUUAGCUCGCUGCACAACAAUAAUGCGCUGCAGAAGAGUAGUCCGAACCAGCAGACCUUGGUACGAGCCUCGACGAUCAAGCUCUUAGACACGUACCAACGCUGUGGCCAGAAGAGAAAAACUUGGUCGAGGGAGGGUAAUGGUGACGGCCUGGCAGUCCACUCCGCCAACGCGACGAAUGCGGUGAGUAGUCUAUUGUCGCAACACCAUACCCAACUGCAACAACAGCAGCUGCAACAACAACAGCAGCAGCAGCAGCAGCAACAGCACAACAAGCAGACGAGCAUGACGGCGCAUAGCAAGCAAGUGGCCAAUGCGGCCAAUGGGAACGGUGGCAGCAAUCCCCAGGGUGACGGGGAUUAUCAUUUGGUGCAGCAUGAAGUCCUUUACUCCAUGACCAAUCAGUACGAAGUUCUCGAGUUUCUUGGCAGGGGUACUUUUGGACAGGUUGUAAAAUGUUGGAAAAAAGGAACGAACGAAAUAGUAGCUAUCAAAAUUCUAAAGAACCAUCCAUCGUACGCGCGCCAAGGUCAGAUUGAGGUCUCCAUCCUGUCUCGACUUAGUCAGGAAAAUGCGGAUGAGUUCAAUUUCGUGCGCGCCUAUGAGUGCUUCCAACAUAAGUCACACACCUGCUUGGUAUUUGAAAUGUUGGAGCAGAACCUCUACGAUUUCUUGAAGCAGAAUAAAUUCUCACCUCUACCCCUCAAAUACAUCAGGCCCAUUCUCCAACAAGUAUUGACCGCGCUGUUAAAAUUAAAGCAAUUAGGAUUGAUACAUGCUGAUUUGAAACCGGAGAACAUUAUGUUAGUGGAUCCAAUGCGUCAACCGUAUCGAGUGAAGGUCAUCGAUUUUGGAUCAGCUUCGCAUGUGUCUAAAGCCGUCUGUAACACCUACCUGCAGUCGCGAUACUACCGCGCGCCCGAGAUCAUACUGGGACUUCCAUAUUGUGAAGCGAUAGAUAUGUGGUCGCUGGGGUGUGUAGUUGCAGAAUUGUUUUUGGGAUGGCCUUUAUACCCGGGCAGUUCCGAGUAUGAUCAAAUUCGAUAUAUAAGUCAAACGCAGGGCCUACCGACGGAGCAUAUGUUAAACAACGCCAGCAAAACAACAAAAUUCUUUUAUCGGGACAUGGACAGCACAUAUCCAUUUUGGAGAUUAAAAACACCCGAAGAACACGAAGCGGAGACUGGUAUCAAAUCCAAGGAAGCGAGAAAAUAUAUUUUUAAUUGCCUUGAUGAUAUCGGUCAGGUUAAUGUACCGACUGAUUUAGAUGGCGGUCAACUCUUGCCAGAAAAAGCGGACAGAAGAGAGUUCAUUGACCUCUUAAAGAGAAUGCUUACAAUGGACCAGGUAGAGCGCCGUAUAACACCCGGCGAGGCACUGAACCACGCGUUUGUCACUCUGUCACACUUAGUCGAUUACGCGCAUUGUAACAACGUCAAAGCUUCCGUCCAGAUGAUGGAGGUUUGUAGGCGCGCGGGAGACUUUACUGGGAGUCCUUCACAUCAGGGUCCGCCGGCGCCUCAAGCACCUCCACCAACAUCUUUAGUAGCCAAUUUUGUACCUACCACGAAUGGCAGUGCGGUGACUCUUACCUUCAACAAUCAAUUGACUAAUCAAGUGCAACGAUUAGUCAGAGAGCAUCGCACCGCGCAAACAGGAUACGACAAUCUAUAUCAAAUAUAUAGUAACAGCAGUAGACGGGCAACACAGUACAGCGGGUCGUCUAGCGGAUCCAAUAGCGGGCGAAAUGGUGUGCACGACUUUCCGCACCAACUGGUGCCUAGUAUAUUAUGUCCACCGCCCGGAUAUCAGACGAUGCCCAGUCCUGCAAAGCACGUAGUUGUUGCUCAGCCACCGCAACCGCAACAGGCCCCUUUGCAGAUUCAACCGUCGAUUAUAUCGCAGCAAGCCGUGGCCGCGGCAGCUGCAGCUGCUCAACAACAAUACGCUGCGGUUCCCGUGUCUAUGGUCGAAACUGGUCGACAAAUGCUGCUUACUAAUGCUGUACAGACAUCUUGGCCUGGUGGAAGUCGUCAAAUGGCUGCGAUUGUACCAUCGUGGCAGCAAUUGCCGCCGCAGCAUGCAGCCAUUCAACAACCACUGCUGAGCGAUGCCGGUGAUUGGGGAAGGCCUCUUAUCGUCGAUAGUUCUGCUAUUCUACAGCGGCCGGUAUUUCCAGUCACGGAAGUUUACAAUGCUAGUGCACUCGUCGAGCAUCCUUCGCAGAGCUGGGGCAAGCGUACUGUCACUAAACAUCAUCAUCAUGUUACGGUACCACAGCAGACUCAGCAUAGACACGAACAUAAAAAAGAAACGCAACAAUUGAGUCCGGUGAAGAAGAGAGUUAAAGAAAGCACACCACCUAGUAGCAUGCGACGACAUUCGCCAACGACAUCGAGCAGCCAUUGGCAGGAGCAGCCAGUGCAAUCCCAUCAUCAUAGUAGCAAGCACAGUAGUAGUCACAAUGUGGAGCAUCAACCUAUUGCAUCCGUGCGACAGCAGACUAUUACAAUUGAUGACACGCCUUCACCAGCCGUUUCCGUUAUCACAAUUAGUGAUAGUGAAGAUGAGGCGCCUGGAAAAUGCUGCGGAGACCGUCAGUGCAGCGCCUGUCAAAGUUUGGCAACUCGCUUGUCGGGCGACGGACGUCCUGUCCGUGAAGAAGUCAUACGAAGCACUCAAUCAACGCCGCGCGUUGUACAAAUGCAGCAGUCAACACAUAUAAGCAGUCAACACACGAACGGGCACGUUUCGCAUAGCAAUAGUUCGUCACAUCGAGCGCAACGCAAGAAUGUCAUCAGCUGUGUCACUGUUGGCGACAGCGACGGCGAAGCUAGUCCAAGCCGUACACAUGCUCAUUUGUAUCAACAUCUACCGCAGCACUCACAGCAUCAGCAGACCACGCAGUUGAUCAAACACGAGCCGCAGCAGCAACAUCACGUUAGCAGCAGUAGCUCAGGAUACUCUUCUCAGUCACAAAAAAAGCGGCUAUUGGCGAAGGUACAAUCCGAAUGCAACAUGGUGAAUGUUGCGACGAAACCGGAACCUGGUGUCGAGUAUCUUGCUCCACAUCCGUGUCACGCGCCAGCUUGUAAAGAGCCACCGACUUAUCAGGAUGACGUCUAUGACAUGCAUGACCACUUCUUGCAGUAUGUGACUACGAGUAGUGCGCAUCCUCAUCUCCAAGAGCAGCAUAUCGUGUAUACGACUGGCACGGAUAAACGAGUAUCCUGGCCCGGAAAACGUGCCGAGUACAAGCAUGAAUACGUUCAACCACCGGCUGCACACUCUCGAGACCAUCAAAAGUGGGUAGUGGCCAAUCCUGUGCAUCAAUAUAGGCAGAGUCAAGUAGUAGGUACGACAGCCCAUCCGGGUCAUACCCACAGUCAUCACGGACAUCCGGCUCAUCUGAGCCCAGGCGGCAGUGGUGGCGGCAGAAGUCCCGCAGGUGGACCAGUGAUAGGAAGUGCCCAACAUUUGGGACAACCUCUCUAUCAAGAAUACGCUCAUGUUCGCUCGAGAGCUCAUGCGGUGCCGCCUCCAGUGUAUGUUACCGCCGCGCCCUCGCAGGCUGCUACUGCUAUCCAGCAGCAACAAGUGCCCACCUAUCAAGGAUUCACACCCGGCUCGUCUCCAUUAACGUUGUAUGAUUCUAGUCGAGCGUUGCCACCGCCAGCUCAUCACAGCUCGGCCAGACCAUUACUGGCAAGUCACGCAGCACAUCCGUUGCCUGCGCAUAUGCAGCCUACAGCUGUUUAUGGAUUGGCCCCGCUAUCGCCAGCCAAACAUCAAUAUCAACCUUCCAGUUUAUGGUUCACCGAAUAAAUUAGUUGGUAUUGAGUUGUGGAUAAGAAUCGUACGAGCGAACGUAAUAAGUAAUCGCAUGAAUUUUCUGGGAACUUACGAGCCGCUUGUGCCAAUCAGUGAAUGCGUAAUCGAUUAAAUGUAAUGGAGAAAAAGGUAUGUCGUGCACAUUUUUUACAUUUUUGUGCACUUGGCCAGUAAAUGGAACGGGGUGGGAGCGUCCGAACUGUUAACAAUUUGUGAAUACGAAUCGAUAUUAUGCAUACACUUAUACAGGAAUUUAUGGAUCGAGCAAGUUUGCCGAAUGAAAAACAGCAGAGAGCAGUAGAGAUAUGUUUAAAGAUAAAAUUUUUGACAAUCCGUCCUAUAUAUAUAUAUAUAUAUAUAUAUAUGUGUGUAUAUAUAUGUAUAUAUAUAUGUAUAUAUGU